UCUUUCCAUACGAUGCAGGAAGUAUUAUGAUAUUACACAUCAAGCUUUGUAUUCCACGAUGUCUAAAUAUGAAGAAUACAUUUAAGAGAAUUACAGCAAAGCGUCGUUGAAAGCUUAAAGGACUGCGUUGAAAUCAGGCAGGAGACAGCAUGUCUGAGCACUGUGACUUCAGUCUGACGUCUGAGGAGAGGGUCCGCGCUCUCACCAAACUGGGCAGCUCUGUGGACAUCAGCGAGGAUGUGCCGCCCCGCAGAUACUUCCGCUCAGGGAUGGAAAUCAUCCGAAUGGCCUGCAUCUAUGCAGAGGAGGGGAAUGUCGAGCAUGCAUUUAUUCUGUACAAUAAGUACAUCACGUUGUUUAUUGAAAAACUUCCCAGACAUCGGGAUUAUAAAACAGCCAACAUUCCUGAGAAGAAAGAAACAAUGAGGAAAUUGAAGGAAAUCGCCUUCCCGAAAGCUGAGGAACUGAAAAAGUUGCUUCUCAAGCAGUACGAUAAAGAACAUAGUGAAUAUCUCAUCCAAAAGAGAGCGGCGGAUGAGGCCCGGGCUCGAGAAGUGGCCAGGCAGCAGGAGCUGGAGGCCGAGCGCCAGAGAUUGGCCGAGCUGCAGGAGCGUCAGCGCGAGAAGCAGCAGCUCAGCGCCUUUGAGGAAAUGAUCCGCAGGCAGGAGCUUGAGAAGGAGCGCCAGCGCAUAGUGCAGGAGUUCAGCGUCCCGGUGUCACCCACCUCUCCCCGAGAUCUCCUGGUGCCUGAUGUACCAGGACCUCCACAGGCCUCGUUUUCACCACUGACGCCCCCUGGAGGAACCCCAAACCACGUCUCUCCAAGCUCAGGCCUCCCAGCGUUUGACCGCUCGUUGAAGCCUAGUGUUCCAGUCAGUGCAGGACACAGUGUGUUGGUAAACGGCUUGCGGCAGCUCUUUGUCCCCGCCGAGCUGUGCCAAAGGUUUUUAAAGCUGGCAGAAGCCAACACAGCACGGGCUGUGGAGACCUGUGGGAUUCUCUGUGGCAAACUGAUGAAGAACGCCUUCACAGUAACACACGUGAUCGUGCCCAAGCAGAGUGGAGGACCAGAUUACUGUGACACAGAGAACGAGGAGGAACUUUUCCUGAUCCAGGAUCAGAACGAUCUCAUUACACUGGGCUGGAUUCAUACCCAUCCCACCCAGACGGCCUUUUUAUCCAGUGUGGACAUGCACACACAUUGCUCUUAUCAGAUGAUGCUUCCAGAGUCUAUAGCCAUUGUGUGCUCGCCUAAAUUUAAUGAGACGGGCUACUUUCGGCUGACAGACAAUGGGAUGGAUGAGAUCUCGUCCUGCAAACAAAGAGGAUUCCACCCGCAUCCAAAGGAGCCGCCCCUGUUCUCCGCUAGUCAACACGUCAUCAUCACAGACGGAAGUGUGACCGUGCUGGAUUUGCGGUGAUGUCAUUGUUGCUGCUUUGGAAAAUGUGCCUUUGCUCUUGACCUCACAGUGACUGAUAAACUUGCCAAGGAGCUUCUAAUGGGUCAAAAGUCUAGCGCCGAUCAUUGCUACACUUGGCCUCUAUUACCGUGUCUUAACAGUCUGUAUUUAUUGGUUGAAUUCCGAAAAAAUAAUAUCCAAAUGUGACCAGUAAAAGCUUAAAGUUGAGGUGCAUAAUUUUUAAAACCAGCAGCAUCAAGCGUGUUUCGUAAAUAAAGAUAAGAUCUUAUGAAAGCAUAACAGAAACAUUGAAAUGCAUGGCUUCUGUGAGCUUCCAUUUAUUUAAAAAAGGUUAACUCUGUUUGAUGUUGUAAAAAUUACACACUUCACCUAAAAACAGUUUUAGUGUUCACUUCAAAACAAAAAGUGUUCUAGUACAAAUAUCUAAACAUCCUCAAAUCAAGAAACAUUUACUUGUAACAAAAUGUGUAUCUUACCCCAUUGACAGAUAUUAUUGUUUUAAGCAUAAACUUGCUUAAUUUCGAUUAAGUUUUCAGAAAACAAGACAUAGUAUCUUAAUUUUCGUUCUCAAAUAAAAGUAUCUGAUUUUUGAAUUACUGUAUAUUUGUAAAGGAAAACCAGACAAAAUACCAAGGAUUUUUUUUCUCUCUCACUUAUGCCAUCCACUUCUGUUCAUACUGGAAAUGAUUCAGACCUUUAUGUUGGUCAUAUGCCAUUGCAACCAGUUUCAGACAGACUGGCUUCUGUAUUUACUGUAACACAUGGCAAUGAGUCAUUCAGACUGUUAAAGAUCCAAAAAUUCUGUCAUUUACUCACCCUCAUGCUGUUCCAAACCUGUAUGAGUUUUUCUUCUGUUGAACACAAAGGAAGAUAUUUUGAAGAACGAUUAAAAACUAAACAUCCAUAGUAUGGGGGGAAAAUAGCAUGGAAGUCAAGGGGGUCCAUUUAGUUACAAACUUUCUUCAAAAUAUCUUCCUUUGUGUUCAGCAGAACGAAGAACUUGAGGGAGAUGGGCAGAUGUAAAUAGGGAGGAAAAACAUAUUAAUUGUCUUGUUCUUUCAAGAAAGACUAUUCAGACUAUUCUCUGUUGCUUUCCAUAACAUAUUGUUGUUGGACUUUAAUUUUUAUUUUGUAUGUGAUUUUCUGUAGCCAUGAGGUUCAUUUGAAGGUUCUGAAGCUUUGCAUUUUUUAUUAGUUAAAUGCGAACAUCUUCAUGUAAAAUAGCAUCUAUUAAGGCAAGAGACACUACAAGGAAAACCAUUGUCAGUAGAAUUGGUCAGUUUUUGAGAUUUUGGGCAGAUCAGACCAGUGAAAAUAUUGCAUUUGAAAUGGUGUUUAUUUUAUUACACUUCACAGACAAAGCUUAAUUGUCUUAAUUGAACUAUAAGGCCUAAUCCGGGCUAAAUUUAAGCCCUGUCUGUGAAACCAGGGGCAAGUGUAAUAAAAUAAACACCUAAAUGUGUAUUUUGCGCAAUCUAAAGUCAACAAAAUUUAACCAGAAUUUUGAACUUUAUCCAACAUUCAAAUUUCUGUUCUGUAAAUGUAUGCAUAUAUGUGCAUAUUUAAUUAUAUAAUGGCUCAUUUUCAUAUUUAAACAUAACAUUUCAGAAAUACAAAAUAGUUGUUUUAAUGUACUGUGAUUAAUCCACUGUGGUGAUAUCUAUUAGUAAACAUAUUUACCCUUUCACAUCACCUGUGGUGUUUUUUUUUUUUUUUUUUUUUGCCUUAAGUUGUAUUAAAGGCUUUGAAAACUGGCAUUCUUUUUAUUUCACUUAUGGACUGAAAAUAAAUAAUAUGUUUCUUGCUUAA